UUUGAGUGUCCCGGAUUUACAUUUACUAUGUUACGUCUUGUCUGAGACCAUACUAAACCUUAUUGCACGGCUGGCAUGUCAUUCUCUUGUACUUUUGAGCAGAGGAGAAGACCGGAAUUGAGCUCUUACAAAUCAGUUGAGUUUAACCGGGCGCACACCGCGAGAAUGAGAGAAAUAGUUCACAUACAAGCCGGACAAUGUGGGAAUCAGAUUGGCACCAAGUUUUGGGAAAUUAUCAGCGAUGAACACGGAAUCGAUCCGGCAGGAAACUAUGUGGGUGACUCAUCACUUCAAAUCGACAGGAUUAAUGUGUAUUACAACGAAGCGUCCUCACACAAGUAUGUUCCCAGAUCAGUCCUUGUGGACUUGGAACCUGGGACCAUGGACAGUGUCCGGUCAGGGACCUUUGGACAGCUAUUCAGACCUGACAACUUUAUCUUCGGGCAGACAGGAGCAGGGAACAACUGGGCCAAGGGCCACUACACUGAGGGAGCAGAGCUAGUUGACUCUGUGCUGGAUGUAGUGAGGAAGGAGUGCGAGAACUGCGACUGCCUCCAGGGCUUCCAGCUAACCCACUCCCUGGGUGGGGGCACAGGCUCGGGCAUGGGCACCCUGCUCAUCAGCAAGAUCCGCGAGGAGUACCCCGACCGCAUCAUGAACACGUUCAGCGUCAUGCCCUCUCCCAAGGUGUCGGAUACGGUGGUUGAACCGUACAAUGCCACCCUCUCUGUGCACCAGCUGGUGGAGAACACGGACGAGACAUACUGCAUUGACAACGAGGCACUCUACGACAUCUGCUUCCGUACCCUGAAACUGACCACGCCCACUUACGGAGACCUCAACCAUCUGGUGUCGGCCACCAUGAGCGGCGUGACCACCUCACUGCGGUUCCCCGGUCAGCUCAACGCCGACCUUCGCAAACUGGCCGUCAACAUGGUGCCCUUCCCCCGCCUGCACUUCUUCAUGCCUGGCUUUGCACCGCUAACCGCCCGAGGGAGCCAGCAGUACCGCACCCUGACGGUGCCGGAACUCACCCAGCAGAUGUUCGAUGCCCGCAACAUGAUGGCGGCGUGCGACCCACAUCACGGCCGCUACCUCUCCGUGGCCACUGUAUUCCGCGGGCCCAUGUCCAUGAAGGAGGUGGAUGAUCAGAUGCUGGCCAUCCAGAACAAGAACAGCAGCUACUUCGUGGAGUGGAUCCCCAAUAACGUCAAGGUGGCCGUGUGUGACAUCGCACCCCGCGGCCUCAAGAUGGCCUCCACAUUCAUCGGCAACAGUACAGCCAUCCAGGAGCUGUUCAAGCGCGUCUCGGAGCAGUUCUCGGCCAUGUUCCGCAGAAAGGCCUUUCUGCACUGGUUCACCGGGGAGGGCAUGGACGAGAUGGAGUUCAGUGAGGCAGAGAGCAACAUGAACGACCUAGUGUCUGAGUACCAACAGUACCAGGAGGCCACGUCCAAUGACGGGGAAGAGACAUUUGACGAUGAGGAAGAAGAGCUCAAUGAGUAAGGAGAAUGUGGACAGAAUUUGUUUUGAAGUGUACUGUUUUGAAAUUUGACUUUUUUUUUAAUGUCCGGAGGUCACAGAAGCAGUUGUGGAAAUAAAAUGUUUUAAAGGCUUUGAAACAAAUGUGUUAAGUUUUCAUCUGGGGGUGCUUUGUGAUAUGUUGUGUAUUUUCAAAUCCGUAUGUACUUUUCUCAAUUCAUGUUGGUUGUGGGCAUGUUAUGUUUGAUGGUUGCUGCGUAUUUGAUUAGCACACUGGGAGGCUGAUUUGCAAAGCUUCUGCUCUAGUCUCGUUCAAAGGGGAUGGAAGACAAAAAAAAAGGCAAAACAUGAAACUGUCUUGAUUAACUUUCAUUAAUAUCCAUCUUUCUUUUGGCUUCAACUAUUGUGGUUGUAUACCCAUUAGAAUAUAACAUGUUCCUAUUUACAUCUUGGUCUCUCUCAUAAAAUAAGUUACAAAC